AUGGGGCCACCAGCACCACCUGCAGAGCACCGCCUUGCUUCUGUGGAAGCACCUUUGGAGCUUCUUAACAGAAGCGGGCGCGAGGCAACUGAAGUAGAGUAUUUAGAAGGCAGCAGGGCGUCUGAGAGCGUGCACCUCCAGCAGCUGCUCACCUCCGAGGGCCUUGGAGAUCGCCGCCUUUCCCAGCUGCUCAACAGCAUGCGACUGCUCCUGGGCACACGCAACGUCGACUCAAACACGCUCUCGGCCGGCGGCUUGGGCCGGCGGCGGCUUGGGCCGCGCGGCUUGGGCCGGCGGCGGCUUGGGCCGGCGGCGGCUUGGGCCGGCGGCUUGGGCCGGCGGCUUGGGCCGGCGGCUUGGGCCGGCGGCUUGGGCCGGCGGCUUGGGCCGGCGGCUUGGGCCGGCGGCUUGGGCCGGCGGCUUGGGCCGGCGGCUUGGGCGGCGGCUUGGGCCGGCGGCUUGGGCCGGCGGCUUGGGCCGGCGGCUUGGGCCGGCGGCUUGGGCCGGCGGCUUGGGCCGGCGGCUUGGGCCGGCGGCUUGGGCCGGCGGCUUGGGCCGGCGGCUUGGGCCGGCGGCUUGGGCCGGCGGCUUGGGCCGGCGGCUUGGGCCGGCGGCUUGGGCCGGCGGCUUGGGCCGGCGGCUUGGGCCGGCGGCUUGGGCCGGCGGCUUGGGCCGGCGGCUUGGGCCGGCGGCUUGGGCCGGCGGCUUGGGCCGGCGGCUUGGGCCGGCGGCUUGGGCCGGCGGCUUGGGCCGGCGGCUUGGGCCGGCGGCUUGGGCCGGCGGCUUGGGCCGGCGGCUUGGGCCGGCGGCUUGGGCCGGCGGCUUGGGCCGGCGGCUUGGGCCGGCUGCGUCUGA